AUGGAUGAUUCGCCGCUCGGGAAACUCCCUCCGGAGUUACGCAACAUGAUCUACGCGCUGGCACUACACGAACCAGGAGGGCUUCAAGUGCAAGCGAAGUCAGGCGGGAAGCUCACUGUCAACCCGCAGCAUUCACAGUCCUCGCCUAUGCAUGGACUUCUCCGUACUUGCAAGGAGAUCCGCAGCGAAUGCGAGCAGAUGUUCUACACUGUCAACGACGACAUUACCGUCCUCCUACCUUUCAUUAAGACGCUUGAUCCGGAUAAAUACCGCACAAAGUAUGCAAACCUCGUCGCCUUUCUUGAACGACUUCCUAUCGACACUCUUCUUGCUACACGCUUCGUCUUCAUCCUUCUAAAACGCGAGUACCGGUGGAUCGUAGGACAAUGGUCCAAAAUCUAUAACCGUGGGAAAUUGAUGAUAUUCGCCGGCACACUUUCGGACUUACACUACGACGCUGAGGCUCCAAUCUCGAUCACCUGGGGCAGUAAAACGUUUGCAGCCGUGGAAUUCAAAUCAAAGAUUCGUUUCACUUCUUUGGAAGAAGCGGUGAAUUCGAGACAUCUGGCUAAACGGGUCAAGAAGGACAGACGACUCUUCGUGCUGGACAUGCUACAGAUGUUAGAGACAUCCUUAUAUGGGGGCGAGGAGCAGGAUGAGACAGAUCUUGCCAACGAGGAGCAGGUUGAGACAUGACAUACCGACGCGGAGGCCUCGGAAGCCAUUGUACCCAGCGACGACACCCGACACUAGUUCGUGUACUUAUAUCAGCCGGUGAGGACGGCAUAUCCUCCCCAUCAACCCGGUCAAAUUCGAUCUCUUCUGCGCCUCUCAUGAGUCGUCCAAGAUGUAAUAGUGUAUGUAAUAGUAGUCGGCUGGAGUAGCGAGCCUACCGACGUGUCAUUGACCGUCUCGCAGGAAUAUGUUCACGAACACCAUAGUGAAAGAAAGCCGCGCGCUGUGGAGGUGAGGUGUCGCGGGGAAGGGAGCGGCUGACGUCAAGGCUCA